GGGUGAAGACAAUAGUUCCCCACCGAGUGCAGAAGUAGAUACAUCACAUAGUACUGCAACACGACACACUGAGAGUAUACUAGUACAAAUAGUACCUCGUCGCAGUGGGAGGGUUUCUCAUUUACCCGACCGAUGGAUAGGUCUUGGAAAGUCUUCGGGCUUAGUUCCAGGAAACCUAGAAUCGGACCCAAGGACCUACAACGAGGCACUUCAAGAUAAAGAUGCAGAUUCAUGGAAUGUUGCAAUGAAUGCUAAAAUGGGGUCAAUGGACUCUAAUCAGGUCUGGGAUCUUGUAGAACCACCCGAUGGGGUACGACCCAUUAGAUGCAAGUGGAUAUACAAGAGAAAGAAAGGAUCGGAUGAUAAAUCGCUGCGGGACUAUGUGGCGAGGUAUACACGGGCGUGUGUCGACGUGCCCUCAGCCGAAGAAGAAAUCAAGUCGGGAGGACUAACUAGGGGACUACUACCAGGGUUGUGCAUAAACUCUUUGGCGAAGCGAUCCGGUAGGACAUUCGAUGAAGUCUUGGGAAGAUGUGCAAAGUAUAUGAACGAAGAGGAGGCGAAGACCGACUUCUUGCAGUCUUCAAAGUCAGGCAAAACUGAGAUUUGGGAGGAAAAGAAGGAUAAGAAGGUUAAUUCGUCGGGGGGAGAGGAAAGGAUCCCCACGAGCAGAAAGAGAGGACGGUCGAGGGGAUGGAGGCCAACCCAGUACACCCCUCUAUCGGCCCCCCAGGCGAGAAUACUGGAGGUGAUGGAAAAAAAGAUUCAUGAUAAUGUCGUAAGUUGGCCCCGGACGAGGAAGGGUGGACCAAGAAAGCCCAAAAGUAACCUCUAUUGUCGAUUCCACAAAGAUUAUGGGCACAACACCGAUUAUUGUAGGCAUCUCAAGGACGAAAUUGAGAGGCUGAUCAAGGAGGGGCACCUGAAGGAGGUCAUCUAUAAGGAUCGGGAGAGCUCUAGUCGAAAGA